CUUCGUUUAACAUCCGGUUUGUCCACAUGGCGAAGUUUGGGUUUGUUUAUAAAUUUUAACUACGAUUCCAAAACAUAUCGACAAUGAAUGUAGUUCCCUGUCUUGCGUGGGUGAAAAGAGGUGCUGCAGAAAAAAAUCCACACAAGGUUGAACUUGACAGACAGGAUUUGGAGAGAGUCAUUGAGGCGACUAGAGAUGAUUUAGAUGAACUGGAAGAUGAAGAUGAGCCGGAAAAUGAUGAGCUGCAAGCCGUGGGUGGACAUGUAAAAAUAAAACAAGAAGAGGAUGCAAGUCAAAAACCAAAAAAGAAGAAGAAAGCCAAAAAACGGAAACAUGAAGAGGUGAAAGAAGAAGAAGAAGAAGAGGAGGACAUUGUAUCCAAAUAUGGCCUGGAUGAUUAUGAUGAUGAGAACGAUGAGGAUGUCCUCAUCAGUGGUGUGGGGGGCCUGUCAUUCUAUGCCAGUAAUGACGAUGACCCAUACGUGACAGUGCCGAAAGAUGUUGACAGUGACGAGGAAGACUUUGAGAUCAAACCCUUGGACAACUUGGUACUUGCCUGCAGAGCACACAAGGACCACAGCUUCCUCGAGGUGUAUGUGUACAACGAGAUGCUGGGCAACCUGUUUGUUCACCAUGACUACCUGCUGUCGUCCUUCCCCCUGGCGGUUGAGUGGCUCAGCUUCAGCCCCACAGAUGCCUCAACAGGUAACUAUGCCGCUGUGGCCACCAUGGAGCCUGUGAUAGAGAUAUGGAAUCUUGAUGUGGUGGAUUGUCUGGAACCAGCAGCUGUACUUGGCUCAAAAAAGUCCAAAAAGAAGAAAAAACGUCCAGGAGCUGCACAAAGUCAUACAGACUCGGUGCUGGACUUGUCCUGGAAUUCCGUUGUUGGUAACGUCCUUGCCAGUGCAUCAGCAGACAACACUAUUGCAUUGUGGGAUUUAGCUGAGCAGAAGGUUGUCACGUCAAUCAGACAACACACAGAUAAGGUACAAGCGAUACAUUGGCAUCCUCUGGAGGCACAGACCCUCCUGUCGGGGGGCUUCGACCAGACUGCCCGUGUGUACGACUGUCGGAGUCCGGAGGAGAAUCACAAGGCCUGGACAGUACAGGGCGAGGCAGAGAAGGUGUUAUGGAACAACCAGUCCCCAGUCAACUUCUUUGUAACAACAGAUCAAGGCACCAUCUACUACAUGGACAUCCGUCACGACAGUAAGCCGGUGUUCACGCUGUCAGCACACUCCCAGGCUGUCACAGGUAUUAGCUUGAGCAGUGCUACAAAGGGGCUGUUGGUGACGACGUCGUCCGACAAGAUGAUGAAGGUUUGGGACAUUGCGUCAGGCAAGCCAUCAAUGGUGUUGGAGCGGAACUUAAAAUGGUAAUUAUCAUUCAAGGGCACUCUUUUAAAUGAGCUGUAUUGUGUCAGCAGCUGCCCUGACGCCCCGUUUGUGUUCGCGUUUGGCGGGGAGAAGGAGAUGAAGGUCUGGGACAUCCGGGAAAGUGCAACAGUGAGGAGACACUUCCACAGUCGGAUGUCGGCCACUCUACAGGCGGAGUGUAAAGGCGAUGAAAAGGAUCUCCCUGAUGCACUGGAGGAGGAUAUGAUUGCCAUGGCAACACCAGACAUGGCUGCAGAUAACGAGGAAGAAGAAUUGAUGAAGGAAAUGGGGGAGACAACAGGCGUUAAGGGGAAGAAGAAAAAAAGGAAAAAGAAGAAACCCAAAAAAGGGAUACUUGAACAUUGAUUGUACAUUAUGUAAUAAAGCUAACAUGUAAUUA